AGUCAAAGACCCGGAAAGUUGGCCCUGCAGAGGGUCUCCAGGGAGAAGGCGGCACGCAGCGAGUGGAGGGAAGGCGCCCUGGAACCGGAGCGGGCUCGGGAGCUGUGGGCCCGCCGUAUCUGCCCUGCUACGUGUCCAGGGAGAUAGAAGAUUCCGGCAGAUCCAGCUGCAGUGUUCCUUUCUGACCUUCUUCAUUCCUCCCAGGAAACACUCUUUUUAGAGCAUCGCCUGGUCCCAUCAGAAAUGUCUUCCUUAAGUGGGAAAGUUCAAACGGUCCUGGGCCUUGUGGAGCCUGGCACACUGGGUCGCACCCUGACCCACGAACAUUUGACAAUGACCUUUGACUGCUGUUACUACCCACCUCCUCCAAGCCACGAAGUUAUCUCCAAGGAGCCUAUUAUAAUGAAAAAUUUAUUUUGGAUCCAUAAAAACCCUUAUUCCCAUAAAGAAAAUCUGCAGCUGAAUCAGGAGACGGAAGCCAUCAAGGAAGAACUGUUGGAUUUUAAAGCCAAAGGUGGAGGAGCUUUGGUGGAAAACACAACCACUGGGAUCAGCCGAGACGUGCGGACCUUGAAGUGGCUUGCGGAAGAGACUGGCGUCCACAUCAUAGCUGGGGCUGGCUUUUAUGUGGAUGCGACUCACUCUUCAGAGACCAGAGCCAUGUCAGUGGAGCAGCUUACUGAUGUCCUUGUUAAUGAAAUUCUCUGUGGAGCCGAUGGAACCAGUAUCAAGUGCGGCGUUAUUGGGGAAAUUGGUUGCUCCUGGCCUCUGACUGACAGUGAAAGAAAGGUUCUGCAGGCAACAGCUCACGCCCAGACUCAGCUUGGCUGUCCUGUUAUUAUUCAUCCCGGAAGGAAUCAAAGUGCACCAUUUCAGAUUAUCCGAGUGUUGCAAGAAGCUGGAGCAGACAUCUCCAAAACAGUUAUGUCACACCUCGAUAGGACUAUCCUGGAUAAGAAGGAACUACUGGAGUUUGCUCAGCUUGGCUGUUACUUGGAAUAUGAUCUCUUUGGUACUGAACUUUUUCAUUAUCAGUUCAACCCAGAUAUUGACAUGCCCAAUGAUAAUAAAAGAAUUAAAAGGGUGCGACUUCUGGUGGAUGAGGGCUACGAGGACCGAAUUCUGAUGGCACAUGACAUACAUACGAAGAAUCGGCUGACGAAAUAUGGAGGUCACGGCUAUUCCCAUAUCCUUACCAACAUUGUUCCUAAAAUGUUGCUGAGGGGGAUAACUGAGGGUGCACUUGAUAAGAUACUGAUCGAGAACCCCAAGCAAUGGCUAACUUUCAAAUAGGAUGGUUGUUACGAAUUCACACCUUGAAUGUAAAGCUUGCCCGGGAACAGAGUGAUUUUAAACCCACUGUGAGAUAUUAAUCAGAUCCACAAAGGACUAAUGACAGAAUAUUUCCUUUUUAUAAGAAGUAGGAGACUUUUGCCUUCUCAGAAACUGGCUAUUCCAUCUGUACCUUUAGGGAGUUGCGGAGCCUAAUUAAGCCCUAUUGUUUUUCCUUCACAAAAUAAAUACAAAAGUAGCCAUUUCCAAAUGAUGAUUUACAGUUUAGAUCCCCUGAGUAGAGUUUUGCUUCCUUUUGUUUUGUUUUCUUAAUCCAUCAGCAGCACUCCUUGAGAAAAUUUAAACUGUUUUUAGUUAAAUUACCCCCAUCUGGAGGAAUCUAAUGUUUCUUGUAAAAUUGAUGAUUCUACUAAUUAUCCUGCUGUUCUUUAAUUAAUGCUUAAUGAAUAAUAUCCCACUUUAAAAUAGCUUCUGCAGCAAAGGAAGCUAAAUUUUGAGACAUUUAU